ACUACGAGCGGCUACUAAGCGUAAUUCAAAAUGGCGGGAGCUUCGCUUUGGGGAAUCACAUUCAAGAAUAUUCCAAAGAAACCAGUUUCUUUCAUUCACAUCGCAUCUUGUCGAUGCUUUAGCGUAGGGAAGCAACGGAGACAUCAAGAUAAUACCCAGUUCGACCAAAAGUUGUUAAAGAUCUUAGUUUGUCCAUUGACAAAGAAGCCAUUGAGGUAUGACAAUGCAAGAAAUGAGCUGAUUUCUGAUGACAUUGGAGUUGCAUAUUCAAUACAAAAUGGUAUUCCAAAUUUAAUACCUCAUGAUGGACGGCUCAUUAAAAAAGACAACACAACAUUAAGUGUGAAUGAAUCAAACCAAGACUCAUGAAAUCAUUAUCACUGAAGAAAAAUUAGUUCUGGUACUCAAGUACCAUAAUUUUGCUGAUAUGUGUAUAUUUAUAUAAAUUUAACAUUUUGUACUGUCUGAUCAUUAGAAAGACCAAUUUCUGUCUAUUAGUUUGUCAACAUCCAGGGUGUUCUUACAUAUACUGAUGCCUUUGGUUAGAGUUGAGAGGAACGGAAUUCGUUUUUCAAAUCAAUCUUACAAAGUGAAAUAUAUUAAAGAGAAUUUGGUAUUACAUUUGAUGUGAUAAGCAGAGUGAAAGUUUUCCUCUGUAGCCUUGUUAAUCCUCACAAUCUUGCAGGAUGGCAAUUUUUUUACAUUGCAGAAACAUAUUUUUGGGGUUUAAGAAGACUGAAAUUUCUGACGACUAAGUUUGAAAGUCUCUUUACCCUUUAAGUCCCACUAGUGACCAAGACAGAAUUUCUCCUUACAUUAUCAGUACAAUAUCAAGCAGACAAGCAAUGAGACUAAAGAAAAAUAUCAAUUAAGGGAUUAUUUGUUGAUCCAAUUCCAAAUUCUCCAAACUAACAUCACAAAUUUUUUAGCAGACAGUAAGCAGAAUAUUACUCAUGAAAUCUUGGGAGUUAAAGGGUUAAGACACAGAACAUUACAUAACAAGAGAGGAAACAAUAUUUUUAAAAUUUUAUUAGUUGUUUGGUCAUAUAAUAGUGUUAUACUGUACAGUGUAAAUAAUCUUUAUUGAACUAUUUUGAGUUAAUUCAAGCACAAAAAAAUAUGAAGUGACAUAUAAGCUGCAUGCAGAAUUGGUUACCAAAAUAAAGGAAAAAAUUUGUUGCAGAAA